UUUUAAUAGGUGCUCCAAGGCUUUGGUUUUCAGGUGGGGAUCAAAGAUCAAGAUCAACUACUCCGUCAUCACCGCGCCCCAAGAUUCUAUAGUUCUCUAUCGGCCACGUCUCAAGGCUGCCACUUUAUUUGCCUGCACGCAUUCCUCCCUACAUAAAAAUUUAGCCCCCAAGUUCCAAGAAUGAAGAGGGAAUAGGAGGUAAUCGAACAGGCUUGGAUAAUGAUUUCCGUCGUUUCUCUACCAACUAACUUAACUGUCAGUACUAACAUUACAGCCACUUCAGUUCCCAAAACUCGCAAACAAAGCAGACCUCUACUAAAUUCAGACCUCAGAUCUCUUACUAAAUCAGGAAAACUAGAUGAGGCCCUUCGCCUUAUAGAGUCUUCACGGUCCGAAUCCGCUGCCGCUGAGCCAGAUCUUGAGUCCUACUCUCUUCUACUUCAUGCCUGUAUCUCUAGGAAAUCCUUAGAACAUGGCCGAAGGCUAUACAUGCACCUUCUCCUAUCUAAAGAGAGAGGCAACCAUGACCUUCUAAAAAACCCCAUCUUAACGAGCAAGUUCAUCACGCUUUAUUCCGUUUGUGGCCUAAUUGAUGAGGCCCGCCGGGUUUUCCAGGAUGGCCUUAAAGAUGAACACGUACCCGAAUCGGUCUGGGUGGCAAUGGCUAUUGGGUUUUCGAGAAAUGGGUACUCAAAAGAAGCUUUAUUUGUCUAUCGUGGCAUGUUGUCCAGGUUAGUCCAACCGGGUAAUUUUGCAUUUUCGAUGGCAUUGAAGGCAUGCACCGAUCUAUUGGAGUUUUCGACUGGUAGAGCGGUCCAUGCCCAGAUCAUAAAGUGUAACGAAGAAGCAGAUCAGGUGGUGAAUAAUGCUCUUUUGAGGUUAUAUGCAGAGUGUGGUUGUUUGGACGAGGUAUUGAGGGUAUUCGAAGAAAUGCCUAACCGGAAUCUUGUUUCUUGGAACUCUUUGAUUGCUGGUUAUAUUCGCCAUGAACAAGUGUCUGAGUCUCUGGGCGCUUUUAGAAGGAUGCAAGGAGAGGGGAUUGGCUUCAGUUGGGUUACUCUUACAACAGUUUUACCAGUUUGUUCUCAAGUGACUGCACUCAAUAGUGGUAGAGAAAUACACGCCCAGAUCGUGAAGUCCACUAGAAAGCCUGAUGUGCCGAUAAUAAACUCACUUAUGAACAUGUAUGCAAAAUGUGGCGCAAUAGAUUAUUGUAGGAGAGUGUUUGAAGGAAUGUGGAGUAAAGAUUUGACAUCAUGGAAUACCAUGCUGAUGGGGUAUGCAAUUAAUGGGUGUAUACAAGAUGCAGUGGGGAUUUUUAAUAAGAUGAUUGAGUCUGGCAUUAGACCUGACCCAGUAACCUUUAUUGCCUUACUGUCGGGUUGUAGCCAUGGAGGGCUUACCGAAGAGGGACAAAGAUUGUUCAACAAAAUGAGAAAGCAUUAUGGGGUGUCACCAACUGUAGAGCACUAUGCUUGUUUGGUGGAUAUGUUGGGUAGAGCUGGAAGCAUUAAGGAGGCACUAGAGGUAGUGAAACUAAUGCCUAUGAGGCCUAGUGGCAGCAUCUGGGGAUCAUUACUAAAUUCAUGCCGGCUGCAUGGUAAAGUUUCUCUUGGACAGGUUAUUGCGGAACGAUUGUUUGAGAUUGAACCUAGCAAUCAAGGGAAUUAUGUGAUGCUGUCAAACAUUUAUGCAAACGCAGGGAUGUGGGACAAUGUCAAGGCGGUUAGAGAGAUGAUGGAAAGAAGGGGAAUGAAGAAAGAGGUCGGUUGUAGUUGGAUACAAAUAAAGAAUAGAAUACACACUUUUGUUGCAGGUGGAGGUUAUGAAUUUCGCAACUCUGCUGAGUAUAAAAAGGUUUGGAAUGAACUGAAGAAUGCUAUGGAAGUAUUUGGAUAUGUCCCUAGAACAGAUGUGGUACUUCAUGAUGUAAAUGAAGAAAUAAAGGCAAUGUGGGUUUGUGCGCAUAGUGAGCGACUAGCAACCGUAUUUGCACUAAUUCACACUUCCACUGGAAUGCCGAUUAGAAUUACAAAGAACCUUCGUGUUUGUGUAGAUUGUCACACCUGGAUGAAGAUUGUUUCAAGAGUAACUGAGAGGGUGAUUGUUUUAAGAGAUACAAAUCGCUUCCACCAUUUCAGAGAAGGAACCUGCUCUUGUAAGGAUUACUGGUGAUCACAUCAUGAUGGAGUUGGUUUCAAGGUAGAAUUCGAGAUAAACCCUAUGCUCAUAUUCAUUUAAGCCCUUUAGGCAUUUAGCCAUGGCAGAUUUCGGGUCACAAGAAGGAAAGGGCGGCCUGCCGGAGUCCUUCUGAAAGCAA